UAUAAGCUGCUCCGAGAGGCGUCUCCGUUCCAGAUCAGCCUGAACCUCCUCCACAGUCAUGGCUCCUGCAGGAGAACUCACGGCCUUUUGGAUCACAGCACUGCUGACCUGCCUUGGAGCACAGCUGGGAGAAACCAAAACAGUCUUCCCGUACGUCCCCUUCCCACCCGCUCUGCCCAUAACGGAGAACCUCGCUGCCAUUUGCCAGGAGGGGAGCGGCCGGCCCAGAUACCCGGACAGCUUCUUUCCUCCGUCUGGUUACAGCCACGACCGCCGGCGUGGGAAGGCCAUCAACCGCCUGGAGUCCUGGUUCAGUCUGUGCUGCAGCGGACUCGUGGCGCAGCAGCCCAGCCAGAUCCUCUGCUGCGCCCAGCAAGCCUGGAUUCAGGCCCUGUCCCAGUUCUGUGAGGAGGAAUACUCCACUAAGACGAUGGUGUACGAGUGCUGCGAGGACAAAGGGCCGGCGCGGUGGAUCUGCUUCAACAGCGAGCUGCCCAACCCCGACUACAGCCCCAAGCCGGGCUACACCGCUCCAGCCAUGCCUCAGGAGCCAGGAUUCAGCUUCGACCCAAAUGUUUGCUAGAGAUGAUGGCCGACGCAUCCUACAGAGCAGAACCUUAUCCACCGAGUUAACUCCUUUCCAUAUAUCGUGUUUUUGUUUCAGACACACUAUAUCAGCAUAAGUCCCUCUAACUUACUCUGUCUGUUCUCCAACAUCAGAAAAUGCAUUUUAACACCAGUUUGUUUCCUUCUGCACAACAUUUGGAGCCCAACAGGGACAUUAAAGCAGUUAGUGUCUGAAAACAUGGAUUUGAAAUGAAAACAGUUUGUCUUUUGUGAAAGUAAAAAAUGUAAUCACUAAAAUGUUUUCGGUAUAAAAAUGUAAUAAAUAUGUCUCAAAUAAACACUUUAAAAGUCUGAGUUUUGCUUAGAGUCAUCUUGAUCCAAAAUUACGAAGGUGCUUCUCACCUGUUCAGUGUGAAGGUGAGAAGCGACGUUCAUUUCCUGUCUUCAAGUGGGAUCUUCAAAAUAAAACUUGGUUGUGCCAUUUUUUGUCCA